CUAAAUACCUAGCAGCUCUCCAUCCUGGCGCACACACUCCACACACACACACAGACACACACACACACACACACACACAAGCAUUGCAAAUCCACUGCCUCUCCCUCUCCAACCCUGCUUCUCUCAGCAUUUCUUUCCCCGCCUCCCUUUCCUAUUCAAAAUUUCCAGCCCACAGCUGAAACUGACUUCCGCAAUCCUGAUGGAAUAAAUCCAGUACCCCUAGUCAUCCGCCCACAUUAUCCACACUCCCCAGCAAACGGAACCCAGAGCACAGAUCCUGUCAGCAGGAUGUGGGGGCUUGAGGUUCUACUGCUGCUGCCCAUGGCAAGCUUUGCUCUAUAUCCUGAGGAGAUACUGGACACCCAAUGGGAGCUUUGGAAGAAGACCUACAGGAAGCAGUAUAAUAGCAAGGUGGAUGAACUCUCUCGGCGUUUAAUUUGGGAAAAAAACUUGAAGCAUAUUUCUAUCCAUAAUCUUGAAGCCUCUCUUGGUGUCCAUACAUAUGAACUGGCCAUGAACCACUUGGGUGACAUGACCAGUGAAGAGGUGGUUCAGAAGAUGACUGGACUCAAAGUACCCCCCUCUCACUCCCGCAGUAAUGAUACCCUCUAUAUCCCAGACUGGGAAAGCAGAGCCCCAGACUCCGUUGAUUAUCGAAAGAAAGGAUAUGUUACUCCUGUCAAGAACCAGGGUCAGUGUGGUUCCUGUUGGGCUUUUAGCUCUGUGGGUGCCCUGGAGGGCCAACUCAAGAAGAAAACUGGCAAACUCUUAAAUCUGAGUCCCCAGAACCUGGUGGACUGUGUCUCCGAGAAUGAUGGCUGUGGAGGAGGCUACAUGACCAAUGCCUUCCAGUAUGUGCAGAAGAACCGGGGCAUUGACUCUGAAGAUGCCUACCCAUAUGUGGGACAGGAUGAAAGUUGUAUGUACAACCCAACAGGCAAGGCAGCUAAGUGCAGAGGGUACAGAGAGAUCCCUGAGGGUAAUGAGAAAGCCCUGAAGAGGGCAGUGGCCCGAGUGGGACCCAUCUCUGUGGCCAUUGAUGCAAGCCUGACCUCUUUCCAGUUUUACAGCAAAGGUGUGUACUACGAUGAAAACUGUAAUAGCGAUAAUCUGAACCAUGCAGUUUUGGCAGUGGGAUAUGGCAUCCAGAAAGGAAACAAGCACUGGAUAAUUAAAAACAGCUGGGGAGAAAACUGGGGAAACAAAGGCUAUAUCCUCAUGGCUCGGAAUAAGAACAACGCUUGCGGCAUUGCCAACCUGGCCAGCUUCCCCAAGAUGUGACUUCAGCCAGCCAACCUCAUCCUGCUUUUCCAUUCCUUCCGUGAUGGAGCAGCAUACUGAUGUACUUUGGGAGAGAGUCAGUGUGCCUUUUCUGAAGCAGUUGUAGCAAUAUAGAGAUUGUCCACUCAGUUUCCCUGUUUGUGCUUCAAGUAACACCCCUACUACUUGCCUUCUCUCUACCCAAGGCCUUUAUUUUUCACUGUGCCCACAGUAGGAAUUUCCCUAACAGGAUGCAUUCUUAGGCUAAGAGAUAUGCCCACAGCCUGACCAGACUGUUGUCCUGAGGCUGAUGCUAUGCGGAGAGUCAGAGGCUAGAGAUCUUCAGACAGAUUCUCAUUCACAGUGACUAGUUAGCUUUAACCACCUACAGGACUAAGGUGACCUGACCUCUCCAAGUUCACUUCUAUAUCCUGAAAAUAGAAAUUUCUAUUUUUUCCACCCCAAUUAAUUAAUCUAUUCAUAAAUCUUUGGUACAAGUUCGUGUGAUACAAGAAAUGUGUUUUCUUCUUUGCAUUUUUACAGUAAACUAAGUAUCUCUUGUCUCUAAUUUAAUAAAUACCUAUUUAGUAAACAUUCA